CGGAUUCGGGUCGGAGAAUACCCGGCAAAUGGCUGCUGUCUAACCGGCUGGAUCUUUUGGCGUCCCCUCCUUCCAAAAAUUAGAGCCAUAUCCAUUGCUUCGUCUCCGAUCAAUCCCACUGUGUCGGCGUCGUCGAUCGGAUCACACCGCUCUGCCAUCCUCCAGCUACUAUCUAAAGUAGUUUAAUAUCAUAUAAAUCAUAUUACACGAAAUCCCUCGAGGAUGGAUAUGCAGCAAGUUUUGCAGACCAAAUCUUCUGUUAAUGGCAAUGGAUUUGGCUAUCGUAAGCCGCUAAGUGCAAAAUCCGGUCACAGCCGGUUGACAAGUGUAGGAAAAGGGGGUGCAUUUGACGGUGCUUCACGAGAUCGGCUAUUUUACACAACUGCAUGCCUUAUUGGACUUCAAGUGGAAGUACAGGUGUUGGAUGGUUCUGUUUUUUCAGGGAUACUUCAUGCAACUAAUGCUGAUAAAGAUUUUGAUAUUGUUCUGAAAAUGGCUCGCCUUAUAAAAGAUGGUUCUCGUGGGCAGAAGAGUAUUUCUGAAUCUCUUAGCAAGCCUACUUCGAAAACAUUCAUAAUACCAGCUAAAGAGCUUGUGCAAGUUACAUCCAAGGGUGUCCAUUUAACUCAAGAUGAUGUAAAAUUCGAGUACCAGUUGGAAAGGCAGCAUGAGUUAAUGACUGAUUCAUGCAUAUCACAAUCUCAGAAUGUUGAGACAGAGCGAGAGUUGGAGCGCUGGGUACCUGAUGAUGAUACUCCUGAGUGCCCUGAACUAGAGAAUAUAUUUGAUGGCCAUUGGAAUAGGGGCUGGAACCAAUUUGAAGUAAAUGAAACACUCUUUGGAGUGAAGAGCACAUUCAAUGAGGAACUCUAUACAACAAAGCUGGAGAGGGGCCCCCAAAUGAGGGAUUUGGAGAGGGAAGCUUUAAGAAUUGCAAGAGAAAUACAAGGCGAGGAAACCCAUGAUCUUCACCUGGCAGAGGAAAGAGGAGUUCAGCUUCAUGGAAACCUUGAAAUUGAUGAGGAAACUCUGUACUCGUCAGUCUUUAGGGGGGUUGAUGAUAGUGGUUGUGAUGAUUGCGAGGACAUAUUAUUGGAUAAAUGCAAUGAUGAAACAUUUAGUACAGCCACAGGGGAAUCAUUCAUCAGCACGAGCAGCAAAAAAUCUAAUGAUGUUCAAGAACCAGCACAAACUUCGUCCAUGGAUGAAGCUCGAUUGUCUAUAUCGAGUACUCGUGGGGAUAUCUCUUCAGCUUUUUAUAACCAGGCUAAAGAUUAUCAGGGAGAAUGUGUUAAUGCUAUGAAUGACAGAAGCGUUCAUGAUAUUCAGAUUACUGAAGUAACUGAACAUACUGGCGGUAAUUGCUCAACCGAAAUUACUGGAAGGAAAAUGCUGGCUGAUGAGGGAGGUGAGGGGUUAAAACCUGAGGCUACCCGUGAGGACUUAAUGUUAUCCGAGGAAGCCAAAAAGGAACCAUCAGAUAAGAGUGAACAAUCUUCAGAUGUCAAUCCACUUACUUCACUGACCAAGAACCGGGGGAAGAUUAGGGGAAUGUCACAGCCUGCUGAUUUUCACACUUCAGUUUUAUCCACAUCAGGUGGAGGGGGUACUCCAGUUUCAGUUGAUCCUGGAUUAUCAAGAAAUUCGUCUGUGAGUUCAUUGGCCUCAGAAAAAUCAAAUUUGAAUCCAAACGCUAAGGAGUUCAGACUAAACCCCAAUGCUAAGAGUUUUGUUCCUUCCCAAGCACCUCUAACUCCUGCAUCUCCAGUUUCUGAUGGUUCUUUCUACUACCACCCAACAAGUGUGACAUCUGUGCAGCAUGUGCAUGGCAUUGGAGUAAGUUAUUUUGGCAAUCUGUAGGAGUGGACAAGGUUGCUUGUGAAUAGAGCUCAAGCUAUGAAUGACUUUGUGAUGUCCCGUGGGGAGUUUGAAUUUCUUUUUAAAGAGUGGAACUCAAUAUUCUUAAGUAGGUGUAUUAUCGAUUCAGGUCUCAGGACCCAAAAUACAAGGUUGUCGACUCAGGAUAUUAAGGGGCUGUUUGUUUCAGCCUCUUAAUGGUUCAGAUGUCUGAAUGGUUCAGCACUUAAUGGUUCAGACUGUUUGUUUCAGCCUCUUAAUGGUUCAGAUGUCUGAAUGGUUAAGAGAUUUGCCUCUGAAUGGUUAAGUAUUAUACAGAGUCUGAAUGGUUAAGACCUCUUAUCUGAAUUGAUCAGACAUUUGCCUCUGAAUAGUUAAGCAAUAUACUAGCUCUUAAUGG